CAGGAAGUCAUUAUGUGACUAACACAUUUUCAUCAGAUUUCCUCUGAUUUUCCCUGCAGUAUACAUAGGAAUGAUGUGUACUGCCAAGAAAUGCGGAAUUAGAUUCCAGCCUCCAGCUAUCAUCCUAAUCUAUGACGGUGAAGUCAAGGGAAAGAGUCGGCAGCGGAUCAUGCCAGUCCGAAACUUUUCAAAGUUUUCAGACUGCAACAGAGCUGCUGAGCAACUAAAGAAUAACCCCCGUCACAAGAGUUACCUGGAACAAGUAUCUCUGAGGCAACUAGAGAAGUUAUUCUGUUUUUUACGAGGUUACUUGCAGGGGCAGAGUUUGACAGAAACAAUGGAACAAAUUCAACAGGAAAGAACCAUUGAUCCCGAGGAAGACCUGAACAAACUAGAUGACAAGGAACUUGCUAAAAGGAAGAGCAUCAUGGAUGAACUUUUUGAGAAAAAUCAGAAGAAAAAGGAUGAUCCAAAUUUUGUUUAUGACAUUGAAGUUGAGUUUCCAGAGGAUGAACAACUACAGUCCUGUGGCUGGGACACAGAGUCAGCUGAUGAGUUCUGAUACUAAGCACUCACAGAAUUUAUUGGG